AUGGCCAUUGCUGAUGAUGUCGACGACGACACGGUGGUGUCGUUUACGCAAAAGGAUUUGUUCAACGCGGAACGAUUCGCACGACACAAUUAUCUAGUACGGUUGUUGGAAUUGAUGUUGAAAAAAAGACCGCACUUGACUAGUUAUUUGAUAGUGACUGAUCGUCCGGCGACCGACCUCGAUUAUUAUAUACCGCCAACGCUGGCCGAUAAAUGUCGGGUGUUGGACGUCAAGAUCGGCCCGCGUCUAUGUGCCAAGUUAUCGUGCAACCGUACGACGGAACACAAACCGUGUACUCCCGAUUCGGAAGCUUCGUAUUAUUGGGUGGGAGACGAUUCGUAUGACGUACAAUGUCAACCGGCGUGUUUUAACGUAAAACCCAAUAAAACGUACGAAACCGAUGGUUCGCGGAGCGUAGACAUGCCGCGAUUAAACUACCAUAAAAACUCGUGUCGUAUAGUGCCCGAAGUCAUUACUGCGUACUUGGAAAAACCGUUUUACCGGAGUCAAACGAAAUACGAAACCCGUGUAAACGACAUGCCUACCGGUUUUUCGCGUGUGCCCAACGAUAGAGAUUACGGAUGCGGGUUUGAUUACAGAAACAACGCGGCCUAUUGCGCGUACUACGAUCGGACGCUUGACGCCAGUGGUGAUUGUUCGUACGAAUGGUGGGAAACGGGUCUGGACGCCGUAGUCGGCAUGUCGUUUAUAAAUACCGUAAAAUCAUCGAUACGCAAAUUGAACAGUACCGAAAUACAUAAACGAUUACCCGACAACUUACCGGAAAAACCGACAAAACCGCGAACCGAGCACACGUUGACUGGUUGGCGUGCCGACGUAAAUUCUGAUUUCGUACUGCCACCGUUGGUGGACGUUGUGGACAUGAACGCGGAACAGCGUAAUCGCAUAAAGUCAGAGGUAUUAGACUCCGUCGAAACCGAGGCGGUGCGUAAAAAAAGAUCGACAAACGCCUCCUACGCUUCGGACAAACCGUUUUUAGAAAAAGCGCACGAUACGUUACAAAAAUUAAUGAUGGAUCUCAUGAAAAUGUUACAGUCUGAGGAAUUUUGGACUAGUUUGGGUGUUUCUUGGGUGUUCGACCGUUCCUUGGACGAAGUCAAACGGUUUUCGUACAAAGUGAUUGAAAACGUACAAAAAUCGCUAACACGCGAUUUGUACAAGAUCGUGGAAUCGGCGUUUUCUAAAAGCGUAUUAAAAGGCGUUAUGCAGAGCACGGCUCGGGUCGUGGUGACGCAUACAGCGUUACGUACGUUCGGCAAAGCCGCUGUGAUGUUGGCUAAAACGACGGCCAUGUCCGCUACCGUUGUCGGUUGGUUGUUGAUCGUCGUGAACGUAUUGGAUUUUAUAUUUGCCCUAUGGGAUCCGUACGGUUACAAUAAUAUGUUUCCAAAAGAAUUGCCAAACGACUUGAUGUUGAACGGCGAGGCCGCUUUACGAAAUCAGUUCGGUGUGUCGGUUGCCGAAUUCACGUUUGAAAGUCUCGUCAACAGCAUCGUAACGGACGACGAAAUUUUACAAUUGCAAUUGAUCGGAAUAAUGGAAAAAUCCAUUUAUCUAGAUAAUUUAGAAGUGAACAGCGAAGGUAGUUUUAUAAAUAAACGUGAUAUAAUAUUAAUAUCGGAUUCCGAUUUCAAUCUCAUCUACGACAAGGAAUCGAAAAAAGCUCUGGCCGGACGCACCAGAUUCGAUUUAAAAACAUACGAGAGUUAUAACCGGGAUUUCUUGCGUCGAGUUCGGAUUAAUAAAAUAUUGAAUACGGCGUCCUUGACAUUAGCGUCGUUAUCUUCGCUUGGCUGUACACGGCGGAAACAGUGUUAUAAAAAUAUCGGAAUACGCAAAUUGGUGAUCAGUGUUGAUUUGUAA